AGCAAGGAGAAGGAAAAAACCCAGGGUUUUAGUGAAAUAGUUGUCUGCUGCCUUUGGACACUGGAUUCCACUGGGGUAGAGGUGCUGCGGUGGAGGUGAGAGCUCUGCGCCUUUCUGUGGGGUGACUGUGUUUUCUAAGAACGCCUCUGGAAGGACCACGGAGGGAGAAGAAUCUUUCUCCCCGUUUUGUAGAAGAGAAGGUGUCACAGAGAAAAAUAAUCAGCGUCAACCCAAUGGUCUUCAAGGAUAUGAACUCUGCUGUUUUUGUCUAGAUGGAUGAAAAGGUUAACAGCCCAGAAGGGGAGUUGCUUUUGUUUUCAAGAUGGCAGCAAUGAGUGGCGAAAGCCAGCUGCAGCGGAUUAUCAGAGACUUGCAAGAUGCAGUGACUGAAUUAAGUAAAGAAUUUAAAGAAGGAGGUGAACCGAUCACAGAUGACAGUGUCAACUUGCAAAAAUUCUCCUACAAGCUUGAAUACCUCUUACAGUUUGACCAGAAAGAAAAAAGCACAUUGCUGGGGAACAGAAAAGAUUACUGGGAUUAUUUCUGUGACUGUCUGGCAAAAAUCAAAGGAGCUAAUGAUGGAAUCCGCUUUGUCAAGUCUAUUACAGAACUACGAACCUCUCUUGGAAAAGGAAGAGCAUUUCUUCGUUACUCCCUGGUUCACCAAAGGCUAGCAGACACCUUGCAGCAAUGUUUUAUGAACACUAAAGUGACCAGUGACUGGUACUAUGCAAGAAGUCCAUUUCUGAAUUCCAAAAUGAGUUCUGACAUUGUGGGUCAACUCUAUGAGCUCACUGAUGUUCAGUUUGACUUAGCAUCAAGAGGCUAUGAUUUAGAUGCUGCUUGGCCAACAUUUGCCAGGAGGACACUGUCCUCACUUGGAUCUUCAGCAUAUUUAUGGAAGCCCCCAAGUCGCAGUUCCAGCAUGAGCAGUUUAGUGAGCAAUUAUUUGCAGGCACAAGAGUUUCCUUCCAGCCCUGAUGUAAAUAACUCACUAAAUGUUGAACACCUUGAGGGCUACGAAGAGAUGCGUUUAGAACUUGACCAGGCUGAGCUGAGGCAGAGGGAACUUCAAGAUCGUAUUCACCAGCUAGAAAUUGAAAACCAGGAGCUCCAGGCAGCUGUCAGCCUUCAAAAGGAGCAAGUACAGGUAGAAAAGGAGAAGAGCAAUAACUACAGUGAGGAGAACUCCCGGCUGACAAAGAUGAUCGCAGAGUUACAGAAGCAGUGUGAGGUGUCACACUCCACUCAGAGCACUGUGCAUGACCUGCAGAAGUGCCUACAGUCACUGGAACUGAGUGCAGCAGAGCAGCAGAAGGAACACUUAACAAAGGUGGAACAGCUGUUGACCAGCAAGGAAGAUUGUGCCUCAAAAUUGCAGGUUUCGAAUCAGGAGCUGGAGACCUCUAGGGCUUUGAUUGCUGUGAAGGAUCUUUGCAUUGAUGAGCUCAAAGCCAAGCUGAGUUCCACAGAACAGAAGAACCUCAACCUCCUUGCAAAAGUUGAUGCUGCCUUGGACGAAAAGGGACAGCAAGCCACAGCCCAGUAUGACUCUGCCCUACAAAUACAGGCGCUGUUAGAGAAGCUUCAGGAGAUGGAAAAGGAAAAGGCAGAUAUGCAAAGACUCAAUGCUGAACAUGCAUCUCAGCUGAAAGCAGCAAGGGAGGAGCUGCUGCUGAAAGAACAGGCACAGAAGGAACUGGAAUCCAGAUACAACAGCCUUACUACUAACUCUAAAGAAGAGAGUGAAAAGCUGACUGGGAGCCUGGAGACAAUGGCAAAGGAAAAGGAUGCACUUCAGAAGGCCCUGACUCUGAAAGGAAAGGAGAUGGCUGAGCUCCAGACCCAGGUAAUGGGGUCGCUGGCUCAGGUGGGUUCACUGGAAAAAAGUCUUGAGGAUACCAGGAAGGAAAAAGAGAAACUUGAGGAGGAGUAUGCUAGGAGAGAAGGAGCACUGAAGCAGGAAGCCCAGUCACAAGCAGAGCAACUUGAACUACAGGAGGGUCGCUUAACAAAGGUGAGUCAGACUGUGUGUAGCCUUCAGGAGCAAAACCAGAAACUCAUGUCUGAGAAGGAGCAUCUCAGGCAGAAAGUCAAGGAGCUGGAGGAGAAGAUGGAGCAGCAAAACUCUGCAGUGAGUGAAUUGGAUGAGGAGAGCAGGAAACUGAAAGCAGAGAAUGAGAAUUUGCAGCAGUCUAAGAAGAAGAUGGAAGAGAAGCUGAAAAAUCUGGAAGCUUCUAAAGCUUCCCUAGAAGCUGAUAUAGCCAGGUUGAGAGCCUCUGAGAAACAACUUCAGGGUGAGAUAGAUGAUGCCCUGGUGUCAGUUGAUGAAAAAGAGAAGAAGCUCCGGGGUGAGAACAAACAGCUGGAUGAAGACUUGCAGAAUGCCAGGAGGCAAAGCCAAAUUCUAGAGGAGAGGCUGGAGGCUCUGCACUCAGAAUAUGAAGAACUAAAGCAAAGAGAAGAGACCUCCAAGGAGUCUUAUGCCUCACUUGAAGCACAGCUGAAGAGUGCCAAACAGUGUAGUUUACAAAUGGAAAAAAGCUUGGACACCUUGAAGGAAAGCAAAGAGUGUCUCCAGUCACAGCUCACAGAGAAGGAAGUAGAACUGCAGGGCAUGGAAAGCCAAUGUCAGCAGCUAAGAGCAGAAGCUGAAAGACACAGGAAGAAAGCAGAGACUCUUGAGAUAGAAAAGCUCAGUGUUGAAAAGACAUGCCUUCAUCAGACAAAACUUAUAGAAUCUCUCACAUCAGAAAAGGAAUCAGUGGAAAAACAGCAACUACAGCAGGCAGCGUCCCUGGAGAAGGAGGCAAAAGAGCUGGCCUUCAGACUGACCAUGAGUGAAGAGCAGCUGGAGGUCAACCGAGGUGAAGUGUCCAGGCUGCAGGCAGAAGUCCUCGAUCUGCGAGUCAAGCUUCAGCAGGCCACUGAUGAGAGAGAGAGGAUGAGAAGUGAGCUGGCAGUCACUGAGACUGUCUUGAGUGAGCAGAAGACACUUGUCCAGCAGCUGAAAGAGCAGUGUGAGUCUCUCAACAGAAAUCAUGUGCAAGAACUGGUGCAAUGUAAAGAAAGGGAAGAAAAGCUCAAAAAAGAGCAGGAGAGAACAGCCCAUCAAAAAGCUGAGCUGGAAAAUAAUUUGAUGAACCUAAAGGAAGAGCUGUCUAAGGUUAAGCGGUAUUUGGAAAAUGCUAGGGUGGAAAAUGAAGAAAAUAAAGAUCUUCUCCACAGGACCAACACUGAUAUGGCUGAACUUGGUAUUCAGAUUUGUGCCUUAACCUCUGAAAAGGUGGAUACAGAAGAGCAGUUGGCUCAAGCCACAGAAAGAUUCAAAGAACUGGAAGAACAGGCAGCAGAGCAACAGGAGAAGCUGAAGCUUGACAUCUCUAAUCUCAGAGAGGAGAACAAGAGCCUGCAAGAGAAAUUAGAGGAGGCUCGAAUGUGUGCCGCAGCUGUCCCAAGUCUGCAACUGCAGCUGGAGACAAUAAAGAAACAGGCACAGAGUUUCAAAGAGACCAGCCAAGAAGAGCUGUCUGCAAUAAAAUUUCAAAUGAGCACAGAGAUUCUAAAUUAUCAGACAAAAUUCAAGGCUGUCAGUGAGGAGUGUGGGAAAGUAAGAGAGCAACUUGAGGAGCAGAAGCGACAACAGCAUGCAGCGGAGGAAGAGAUUACAGAGUUACAAGCUGCAAACACGAGUUUGUGCAGAAAGCUGGAUGAAACAAGAGAGCAGCUGUCAGAAUCAGAAUCUGCUCGGCUGCAGAAGGAAGAGGAAGUGACUUCUCUUAGAGAACUCUUGGAAAGGAUCCAAAAAGAAGCUGAUGAAGCAAAAGAGAAGAUCCUGGAUUACACUGAGAAGCUCAGCAAGGUGGCAGCAGACAAAGAUAGCAGUGACCAGAAGUUAUUUGCUGAGCUGGAUGAUCUGACAAGAACAAAGCAGUUCCUUGAAGAACGUUUGAUAGAACUUAUCAGAGACAAGGAUGCUUUGUGGCAAAAGUCUGAUGCUCUGGAGUUCCAGCAGAAGCUUAGUGCAGAGCAGAGGUGGCAGGGGGACACAGAAGUUAAUCACUGUCUGGACUGCCAGAGAGAGUUCUCGUGGAUGGUGCGCCGACACCACUGCAGAAUGUGUGGCCGCAUUUUCUGCUACUACUGCUGCAAUAACUACAUGGUGACAAAGCUUGGUGGAAAAAAGGAGCGUUGCUGCAGAGCUUGCUUUAAUAAGCCUAGAGUCAUUGUGGACAGUACAGAUGACUCUGGAUCCAGUGCCAACCAGGAAGGAUCACCGGCUUCAUUGGAAUCACCUGUCUCACCAUCUGAGAGAGCUUUUGUUGCAAGUGAAGCCUCUAAACCACCAGAUGAUGCAGCUUUUGAUAUAAUCACUGAUGAGGAGCUGUGCCAAGUACAGGAAUCAGAUUCUCUGCACAAUGAAAGUCAGAUGGAGAGAGACUCUCUGGAUCAAAGUGUGACAGAUCUAUGUGUUUGCUGGGCUAAGCAGCUGUUAGGGGCUCUGUACAGCCUCCAGUCUCCGUUUCAGGUUUCUGCCUUUCACACAAUUCGAAACAGCACGUGUAAUUCUUCAACUUUCGAUGAAUCCGAAGACUGGCAAGUUGCUCAAGAUGCUGAGAUAUGCUUGUUGAAAUCAGGAGAAAUUAUGAAUAAAUUACCCCUUACAGUAGAAGAGAUCAUGAAUUUUGGAGAAAGCAACAGGGAGCUGUUCAUCAAAUCCAGCACCUAUAGUAUCAUUCCCAUCACUGUUACAGAGAUGGGACUAACAAUCAGCUGGAUCUUCUCAUCAGACCCCAAAAGCAUAUCCUUCAGUGUUGUUUACCAAGAGUCUGAAGACACACCGCUGGAUCAGUGCAAAGUUCUUAUCCCUAUGACUCGCUGCAACUCUCAUAAGGAAACUAUCAGUGGACAGGUGAAAGUCAGAAACGCUGGAAUCUAUACGCUGAUAUUUGACAACACAUUCUCUAGGUUUAUCUCAAAAAGAGUGUUUUAUCACUUGGCUGUUGAGCGACCUGUCAUCUAUGAUGGAAGUGAUUUUCCAUAGCCUUUACUGUGUAUUUUUAAUUAAAUUUUUAAGAUAUGAUAUUAUUUAUGUACAUGUAUAAGCAUUCUGAUUACCACUGUGUUUGAAGACUUUGAAACUAUGCAAUAGUUCUAAUGCACUUAAGAGGAGAUGUGUACACUAAAAACAGAAACCUUUUCAGGAACACUAAUGGUUCUGUACUGUGUACAGAUUGCUGAAAAGCCAUGUUGUGUGGUUUAACAGGUCAAUAAUAACCAAUUUUUUUUCAGUGAGGAGAAAAAUAAGUGUGGGGGUAUCUAAAUGCAAACUGAAAUUCUCUGCUGAAAAUUGAGCUAUUUUUCUUCCAGAAAUAUCCUUCAAAAGGAAAUUUAAAGAAAAAUGCAUAUUUUUGACCUCUUCACUGAGGUGUAAACAUAACCAUCUAUGUUCUGCUAUACUGCUCUUACAGUCAGAGCAGCAAUUAUGCAAUACUUCAGUCUUCACAAUUAUUGUAAUCCAUCUAGAAUUUUUUAUCUUUUCCAAGUUUUAUAAGCAGCAAACCUUAGGAGUUUUAUACAUUUUGGGCUAAGAUUUGGCAAGUCUUAACUGGCUUUUUCCAAUGCUUUGGCACUGAAUGCUGGUUACAAAAUAAUAAACACAAAGCAGCAACUCCUUUCACUUUGGCUCACUGUACUUUGUAUGUUGGCCCAUGGAACCCAGUUCCUACAGUGAGCACCAGUGGCAGAACGCAGAACAUUUAUUCACCCUGUGGAAUAAAGUACUGCUCACCGGGUGGUAUUGGGAAGAGGAGCAUUCCUUUUUCCUGCCUUAGCACCUUAGCAUUCACAGGAAAGCACAAUUUCUGGGGAGAUCAGCAGCGUCUCUCUCUCUAGACCACAUGGAAGGCAGCAAUAAUGUUUAAAUGGGUCUCAAAAUGUCCAUCCAAAGCAGAAUGCAUAUCCAGGCCUGGUGAGCUCUCCACCCAGUGGUGUUAGUGCAUUCUGUCCCUUUCCUAAGCCUUGCAAUUGCCCUAACCACCUGUUAACUUUCCAUCUCAGAUUUGGGGGCUGUUAACACUGCCCUUUAAGGGAAGACUGGGUUCUUGCUUAUAUAUCUCACUUAUGCAAAACUUUUAUGCAAUCCAUCUGCUUUCCAUAUAGAAUUUCAGCUUUUUGUCAAAUACCCAAAAGUGGAUUUUUCUGUACAAAAAAAAAAAAAAAAAAUCCCACCAAAAAACCUGUCUUCCAAUAGAAUGGCAAAACAUUUGGCAGGAGAAAGAAGAAAAAUUCUUUCUCCCAACCAGCCCUCCUCAUAAUUUAAGUGUGUCUGAUUUCUCAUGUUACUGUUUUCCUAGUAAACCUCAGACCUGGAGGGUUUUAGUGCAGCAGUUAGUAGAAGACCAGCAAAACCUGUGAGGAACCCUGCAGAGAUUUGGUAGCAGCUGUAACUGUCAUACAGGGGUCAUGGUGGGAGACAGAAAAUAAAGCAUGAGGGGAAAGAAGAAAAAAGGGCAAGCAUAAACUGAAGAAAAUGGUUUGGGGAGAGGAAAGGGGCAAACUUAUAAAAGCAAGGAGAGGGAAUUGGAGGAAUGAGCUCAGCUAGGGAAGGUGGUCAGGAGAGGCCAGCUGGUGUUUAUGUUUUGCCAGUACAAUCCUCAUAAGGAAUCUCCCACCCCAAAGGACUGAUUGUUUAAAAGGUGGAGCUCACAAAGCAAGUGUUGGACAUUUACACAGGAGCAGCUGUGGCAGAGGGAAAAUUCUGAUCAUAGAAAAGAAAAUAAAUGCAGUUAAAGCUAAAGGUUGCUCAUCAUUUGUUCCAGUUGUUAACAAUCCAUAAUACAGUAAUCCUGAAACAGAUUGUGAAAGAAUGACUACUUUUCAUGGAGCACCUAGGAUUUCGGUCUCUGACUCAUCAACAGUGUUCCCUUGCCUUCCGCUGCCUUUUUCCCCGUGGUGGUGGUGUGCUCCCAACCCUCUGCCAGGCAGAGUGGUCAGUGGAAGGGGCAGGCUCCUGAAGGCUGCAGUGGUUGUGUGCAUGAAAAUGAGAUGGACGAGAGACUGAAGUGGGCAAUGAACAGCAAUAAAUGGUUCAUGAAUUACAGCAUAUUUCAGUCUAGAAGCUAUGUUUUAUAUUUAAUUAGGCAAGAAGAAAUUAUUUAUUGCUUAAAAAUGGAGUACUGUGUACCAUAUGCUAUGCAAUUUCACUGAGCUGUUACUGAAGUCUGCUGCAGUUUUCUUUUAAGCUUUUAGGUGUGGUUUUUAAAAACAUUUUGCUGUUGUUUACUUAGAAUACUAAUUUUACUGGGAUGUCUUUCUUAACAUGCCAAAUGUAAGGUAAAGGGACACUGUCAAGUAUCUGCAGCCAAAAUAUGACAUCUCUGUUAAAAAGUAUUUGAAGCCUAUCUACUAAAAAAAUUUGAUUGCCUCUUGAUUUCCCGCCACAUCCAGUUCUUGACUUUUUUUUAUUCUGUGGCAAAUGUUUUUAAGCCCCUGUUCAUGUAGCUCUCAAAAUAAUUGUCUCCAUGUAGUAAGCCAGAUGUUUCUCUGGAGGUCUCUCAUGUAGACAGUCCUGAGACUGGCUGAAGCCUGUGUUAGGGAGAAGGAGAGUAAAUCCACUGGAUUGUUUUCAUUUAGUAUUUGAGUCUUUAUGGUCCCUUUUCUUCAGGUUUUCCUGCCCUUUGAGACUAAUUUUAUGGCUUUUUUUUUUUUUUUCUCUCUCUGAAAGACAACUAAGAGUAGGAGUCAGAAGCUGUAGUUUAAAGAUUAAAAGAAAAUGUUUGCUUCUGACCAAAGACAGUACUUAAGGAGAAAAAGUUUCAAUGAUGAAGUAUCAGGGUGGUAAGGUGCAAGUGGACAGGAGUGCAGCUGUUCAAAGAAGCUUCCCAGGAGCAGUAAUCCCAUCAUAACAGCUGUAAGAGGUUGUGCAGAGACACUAAAGAACCUGAUAUUAGUAGAGACCUUUUGUUUAAAUGUCCCAGACAGUUCAUUACUGGAAUCAUGGAAACCCAAUAAAGGACUUGGCACAAGGGCAAGCUUGUGCAAGAGAUUAUUUCAUUGUGCAAGAGGUUAUUUCAUUCAAGCACCCCAUUCUUCCAUUCACAAAAUGCUUGUUCAUGUGAGCUAUGCCAGCAAUGCUGAAAAAAACCUGUUUAUUUAUAGGUGCUCAGGUGAUGUGUUUAAUUAGGAUUUUAUUAUCUGCGGAAUGCAAUAAAGAGAAAAAUAUUUUAAAUUGAUUAUGAAAUUAAUUGAAGGAGAUUUCACAUUCAUAGGACAAAGAGAUUAUACAUUGUGGUCAGCAUAAGCAAUUAGAUGUUUUUAUGGGUGCUAGAAAGUGUAAGGAGAUAUAGAGAGUAAGAUUCUUUUAUUACAAUGAGGUUUUUGCAAAGGAAGGAAUGUAGUUUCUUCAAGAAAAUGACAGUGUUCCUUUACUCAACAUUACUCAGUGUUUGUGAAAAAUGAAAGAGGUAUUGCACAAGAGUGUACCACAUUAAAAAAUAGCAAAGCUACCAAAGCCUGACUUCUUUCCUAAAACUGAAAUUGCACUAUAGUUUUAAUUAUGCUCAAUCAUGGAGGUUGUAACUUGUUCAGAAGCAUCUUUUGGUCUUAACUGCCAAAGAAUUGCAAGUCCUGUUCACAUCAAGCUUCCUGCUCCAGAUAUGGGAAAAAUCAUGUAUACCAGUGUCUGUACAGUUACAGAAAUGUUAAUGGUUGUGUUGGAAUGUUUUUCUUUAUGCUUUUUUUUUCUUUUUUAACCUCAGGAAUUUAAGAAUAAAAUUCUUUAUCACUGCAAA